AUGUUAGAUGAACGCUUGGAAAAACUCGAAAUGAAAGAGAUGCAGUUGGAAGAACAUGAACCCUUGGAGAAAGCUGGAAUAUUGAAAGAGAGGCCGUUAAAAGAACAUGCAAAGGAGUUUGAAUUGAAAGAGCGCAAGGUCUCAGACAGAGAAGUAGCUGCUCUAAGAUCCAUGUUGGAACUCAUAGCAGAUAACGAAUUGGAAGCCAAAUUUAUGUCCAAGGACAUUAUAAAUAGCAUUUCUUACUUGGAAAAGAAAAGGUCAGGGUGGACACACUCAUCACAAGCUCCUGCCACUAUGGAUCAAACGCAACUGCAAGGCAGAAAGAAUCACACAGUUGCUUCUGUUCCCAUUUUUCUACUGCAGCUACAAAACCUGAACUCCAAGGAUCAAUUGCAACUUCAAGAUAACAAAAAAAGUCUUAGGAUAACAGAUAUAUCAUUUAAUAAAUCUGGGGCAAGGAAGCAGAAAGUUUCUGCCCUCAUUGCACCACCUCACUUACGCAGGCCAAGCUUCCGGGAGCAGCUGCAACCGCAGGAUAAUAAUAAAAGGCCAAAGAUAUAUGUGUCAGCUGAUAACCCAGAAGUUACUUCAGAUGAUGCAAAUUAUGGAGGUCUGACAGAGACUUUCUCAGGUACUAUGAAAUUUAGUGCCUCAGAAUCAAAUGCUCAACAAUAA